AUGUCUGUUCCCCAUGAUCCCCUGAACUUUAUCCCUGCGGAUCUCUUUUUCCCGACCGUCCCCAGCUUCCUAAAGCCCAAGGAUGUGGUGUCUGUUGAAUCGACAGAUUCAAUCAAGCCUGGUGACCCCAAACGUUAUGGAGCUCAUAUCACUCUUGCAGGUGUCAACGGCGGCUCUCAAACACACUGCUUGGUUCAAUUCGUCACUCCCCUGAUCUGGAGAAUUAGAUAUGACCCAAAGUACACGAGCCUCGAAGACUUUGAGGACAUCAACACACGUACGAUUGUCAGAGACAAGUUCUCUGAACUGGUUGAUGGUCUUCAGCAAGAAUACAGAGAUUCUGACGCCUGGAACGCUUAUCCUGCGAAAGAUGAAUGGUAUUGGAGAACCUCUUUUGAGAAGAAGUCGGACACCCACUGGGUUCUAACUUCCAUCGAGUACAAGAACAAGGUUGCCACUGCUACUCCCAAGACUAGCCUUCACAUCUUUUCUUCUCCGUUCCGCCUUGUGGCUACCAGAAAACUCAAGCUUUUGCAGGAGUCAGACCCAAGUCUCUUGCAAUCUGUUGGUGUUGACACAACUUCUGAAGUUGAACAGAUCAUCUGGCAAACCACCGAUCAGACAUUCUCUUAUCAACAGAAUAAAGAGAUUGAUGCAAUCAACAAUGUUGUACUCAACAUUAAGAAACCCGGCCCUGCUGAGUAUCUUGGUUUCGGUGAACAGGGUGGCAAGACUGUGUUGAAGAAGCCCACUUACCUGAACUACUUCUGCUAUGAUAACUUUAACUAUCUCAAGGUCUAUGGCAAGGGUGCACUUGACGGAAGAGAGCCUCUCUAUCAAUCGUCCCCAUUCUACUUGGAGAUGAACGGAACUCCAACACACCAAAAUGUUACUGGCGUUCUGGUAGAUAAUUACUCCCAGGUUGCGAUUGAUCUCGGAAAGAAUGAUUCCAACAUCAUCAGCAUCGCCACUCGGCAAUACACUUCGAUUGUGGGAAGGCCCAAGCUCAAGCCCCGAUACAUUCUGGGACACCACCAGGGUUGUUAUGGUUACGCCAAUGAGGGCACCGUUAAUAAUGUUGUCGACGCUUAUCGCGGGUCGAACAUCCCACUCGAUGGAAUGCACCUCGACGUGGACUUUCAAGAACGCUACCGAACCUUUACGGCUAGCACAGUGAACUUCGGUGACACCAAGGCCUUUUUCAGCAAUCUCAAGCAAAAGGGAAUCAAAGCCUGCACCAACAUCACGCCCAUCUUGACUCUUCGAACAGAGGUUUCGGGAGACUACAAGCACCUGGAUGCCUUUUGGGAUCACCAGAACCCAAGGAAUCCUGGGUCCAAGUGUAUGUUGGUGACUGACAACCGAAACCUCAACGGCCUGAAAGACUAUCCGCCAACAUACUGGAGGUAUGAUGGUCCAAACAACAACGGACCACUUGCGAAAGGUGUCAACCCAACUUGUUAUGGAAACGACGACUAUGAUCAACCCCAACGUCUAUCAUUCGCUGACUAUCCCGGGGGCGAGGUAUAUGUGGACAACUAUGACUUUCACGAGAACUACAACAGCGGAUACCCCUUCCAUGGAGGUGUCAGCUAUGGUCAAACCCUGGGAACUCCCGGCUACUACCCUGAUCUCAACCGAGCCGACGCCAGAAAGGUCUGGGGCGAGCAGUACCAAGACCUCUUUGACGAUGGUCUCGAGUUUGUAUGGCAAGACAUGACCACACCCGCAGUAGGAAGGUCAUACGGCGACAUGCUCGGCUUUCCAUCUCGACUCAAGAUGACCGACGACAGUCCCGUCGGUGAACCAAAGACCAAAACCGCCAUUGAACUCUGGUCUCUCUACUCAUACAACCUCCAUAAGGCAACAUUCCAUGGUUUGAACAAUCUCAAGGGCCGAGAUAACAAGCGCAACUUCAUUAUCGGCCGCGGUAGCCAAACUGGAAUGCACCGUUUCGCGGGUCUAUGGACAGGUGAUAACGGCAGCUCUUGGGACUUUUGGAAAAUCUCUGUUGCUCAAGUCCUUGCACUUGGCUACAGCGGAUUGACUAUUGCUGGUGUCGACAUGGGUGGCUUCACGUCUGACCCAACUUCCAACGCACCUUAUCCUCGUUGGUGUAAUCCCGAGUUGCUCAUUCGAUGGUACUCUGGUGCUUUCCUGCUCCCAUGGUAUCGAAACCAUUACAUGCAGCAUUGGGACCAGGCAUCGAACCCGCCAGCGAAGGUGUUCCAGGAACCGUGGGCGUUUAACGACGUCUUGUCGGGUCCAUACGCUCACCUGAUUCCUCAGGAUCAACGCGUCCUGUAUGAGGCUGUUGUACCUAUCUGUCGCUACUACGUUCAGCUUCGAUACUCGCUUAUCCAAGUCAUGUAUGAUUACAUGUUUGCUAACUUGAUCGACGGUCUACCGAUCGCUCGUGCAAUGCUCAUCACUGAUCCUCUCGAUACGAACCUGUUCAAUAACAACGAGGAUUUCAUCGACACUCAGUAUCUGCUUGGCCACAACAUUCUCGUCUGUCCCAUCGUGGACCCUCAAGUGUUCAACCGGGACAUUUAUCUCCCUGGCACAGAUCUAUGGUACCCUUCCAACCUUGAAGUUGACAACGGCAGGAAUCUGGGUCAUGAUCCUAUCCUCAAGCAUGCCGCCAACUUGAAAGAGCCGGCGCAGGGGGGCAGAAUCAUUAGCUACGGGUGCAGCAUCCCUGCUACUUUCGGCAAUCUUGGCCAGAUUCCUUUCGUCACUCCGGUCUAUAUUCGCGGCGGUGCCAUCAUUCCCCAGAUUGAUGUUCGUAUGUCUAUUGACGAGAACAACCUCAACCCACCGACGAUUCACUUCUACCCCGGUGGCAAGAAGCCUACAUAUUACUCGAUGUACCUUGACGACGGCGUUAGCAAGGACAGUGCACCAAGCAACUUGCCCCAGUACAAGUACCAAGACCCUUCCAAGUCCAAGAAGGUCAAGGGCUACUACAAGGAAUUGAAGAUGAGCCAGGAGAGCACCGGCACCUCGCGCACCUUGACACUCCACCAUCCAUGGGACGGAUUUGAUGCCACAGCAACAGUCGGCGAUACUUACAACCUUGCUGUCUGGACAGUCAAGACUGACAACUCGCCGCAAGUUCAAGUUUCGUUCGAGGACGAGAAUGGAAAGACUAUCAGCGAUCCUGGUCUGCAGUACAACUACAACGGCGCCAGGGGUGUCUUGACUGUUAACGUUCCUGUGGCUCUUGUACCAUCUUAUGACCACCCUGCUACCAUCAACGGUACCUCGACUAAUGGCAUUACCAAUGGUGUUAUGAAUGGUACUUCGGUCCAGAAACCACUUAUCGCCGUAAAGAUUACUGGUCUUUCUUGA